GUCAGUGCAGUUUAUGUGCAGGAUACAGGUGAAAACUUCAAAACACAGCAUACUUUCGAAGCAACAACAGAAGACGCAGAGCAGACUGACUCAGCAUGAGCUCACGAGCAUUGCAGUAUUCUGGAGUGAAAAGCAGUGAUGACGUACCCAGCGUGCAUGCCGAAGACAGCUGUUACACUAAGAGAAAAAGAUACGUAAAAAAAGAUGGGAGCUGUAACAUGGUGGUGCGUCACGUUCCUGAUGAGUGGCUCCUUUGGAUCACAGACAUCUUCACCACCCUGGUGGAGAUACGCUGGAGGGUCAUGUUUUUGACAUUUGCCCUCUCCUACAUUUUAUCAUGGCUUUUUUUUGGAGUUCUGUUUUGGUUCAUUGCACUCACCCACGGUGAUAUGAACGACCCUACCAACGAGCCAUGCAUGUAUGAGGUCCGAAGCUUUGUGGGAGCUUUUCUGUUUUCGUUAGAGACCCAGACCACCAUUGGUUAUGGCUUUCGGGGCAUGACUGAAAACUGCAUGAUCGCCAUCAUUUUAGUUACUAUUCAAGAUGUCAUCAGUGUCUUUAUUGACACGUUUGUCAUCGGAAUUGCUGUCGCCAAGAUGGCUUCUGCACGUAAGAGAGCCCAGACGGUUGGUUUCAGCAAUUGCGCUGUGAUCAGCUUACGUGACGGUCACCUGUGUCUGUCAUGGCGGGUGGGCGAUUUUCGUAGAAACCACAUGGUAGAUGGAACCGCCAAUGCCCAGCUGCUACGCCACAGAGAACAUGCCACAGGGAAAGUUGAUGUUUCAUACAAAGACCUCAAUAUUGAAGAGAGCAAUAUCAUCCUGGCCACACCAACAACCAUAGUUCAUAAGAUCGAUCCUAGUAGUCCUUUGUACAAGGUGAGCUUGAAGGACUUGAGGAAGGAGAGCUUUGAGCUGGUGGUAUCGUUCACCUACACGGACGACUGCACAGGAACACUUCACCAGACACGUACAUCCUACACUCCCAAUGAAAUUCUGUGGGGCCAGCAUUUUCAGGAGAUGAUCAAGGUCACCCGCAAGAACUACAGAGUGGACUACGCCUUGUUUAACCACACAGUUAACGUCCUAGUCCCAGAAUUAAGCGCAGAGGAGUAUGACCUUAAGAAAUGCUCUGAACAGCCAAAACACAAACCACUGAACGUAAGUCCUCCAACAGAAGCUGUGGAGUUGGUUAAUGGGAAAAGUCCUGAGGUAGAAAAAGCAUCCACCAGCCACGCUGUCCAAGUGAACAAGCUAUAGCAUCAGCCUUGACACGUCCUGACUCUACUAUAUAGCACUUUAUGGGCUUCAUCUGAAUGCAUUAAAAAUGCACGUACAGUUAGCUUAAGUCUUGAAGGUGUGCUGUUAUUUAGUGGGACAAUAUUACAUCACACCUUCUAACAAAGACUGGAUUGUGGAUGAAUAAUCAUCACAAAGGCCCCGUAGAUAGGUUGACUUUGACUAAAAAAAAGAUAAUUCAGAGUACUACUUUUAAAAUUAUAUGGUUGUUUAUACCUCUAGUUUUGUCGAUCUAAAAUCAACAAAACUUUCAGUUGUAUCGGAGUAAAACUUUCUGGGCCGGUUUCCCGGACAGGGCUCAGGUCAAGUCCAAGACUUAAAUGCUCGUUUGAGUUGUCCUAACUAAAAUCAGCUUGCACUGACAUAUUUUAAAAUAUAUCAGUGCUGUUGUUUUGUCUCAAGAUACCAGUAAUGAUUUUUGUAAGGUAUGUUGUAAAAACUACUUAAAUAUCCUAAUAUAACUAAAGGCCUAGUCCUGAAUUAAUCUAAAUCUAAACUGCAAAUAUGUUAAGUCACAAAGUCAUAUCUGAUGUGUCUAUGUCACAUAUACACUGUAUCUGUAUCUGUGUGUGUACUGCAUGCAUUGGCAGUAAUGCACAAACUCACUCUUUGCAUAAAAAACACACACGCGCGCACACACACACAAAUCUCUUCUUGCUUCAAGAUCACAGAGGUAGUUAAACUUUGAAGUGUAUUACAGACUCAUCUUCUAUGAGCUUUAAGGUUCUUUGAUAUCCAAAGAUGUUAAAAAGGCAUCCUGAUUAAAUUAUGACCCCAAAUUGUUGACCCAAAUAAGAGGCUAUGGUUCAAUUAUAAUGACACUGACAUUAACCUGACCAAAUUGUGGUCAGUCAGAGCCUCUUUGGCAUCAGCUGAGGAAGUCCAGAACAUUGUUCCACCUUAUUUUUCAAAGUGGUUAACCUUUUCAUCCAAACAGCUAAUAAAACCUGGGUUUGGAAACAGAGCCCUGUCAGAAUUUUCAAUGCUUACAGAGCAAGCAUCCAAUUCCUAAUAAGGACAAUUAAACAGGCAAUAUCAGAGGUGGUCAAGGUACAGCAGCAAUAAAUAACACUUUUGUUCCACUCAUACAGCUUACAAUUUCUGCCUAUUAAAAGGCAUUUUGAGGGGUAUAUUUUGUCUAUAUAUCUUUACAAUACACUAAUAUGAUCAAGCUAACUGUAUUGAUCAUCACAUUUUAUAAUUGUUCGAAUAUACGGAACAACAUUGGCUACACCCCCAAAUAUUUGACAUUACAAAAAGCAUGUGAUGUGCUCUUUAAGCCAUACGAGUCGUGCGUUUCCAAUUUACAUACUAUCCGUCCUGUGCCCCCAUUCCCAUACUAUCCGUGCAAAAUAGUAUUCAAAAUCACAAUAGGCUAUAUGCGCAACUUACUUCCGCAUUCCUGUUAAACAUAGUAGAUCGCUUCCGGUUCUGUGUGGUCUAAGGCUGACAUAGUGCUGUUUUCAUCCAUUAA